CGGAAUCAAGGGGCAGGCAGACAUGGCCCAACUGAAUCCGUUUAGAAAGGCUUUCCACUUGCCGUCCAAACAACGAAUCAACUGGUUUCCUGGUCACAUGACCAAAGCUAGGGGACAGAUUCAGCAUAAACUGCGCAAUGUGGACUGUAUUGUUGAAGUACACGACGCCCGCAUACCAAUUUCAGGACGCAAUUCUCAAUUUUUUGACACAAUAACAGGGAACGGUGUCAAGCCGCACAUCCUGAUUCUCAAUAAAGUAGAUCUAUUGGGGGCCAAUCAACGUAAUGCAGUUGUAAGGCAGCUGCGCACACUACAGCCUGAACUUAAAAACAUACUCUUCUCCAACUGCAAGGAUCAACGCUACCCUGGUAUUUCGAAUAUUGUACCGCUAGCAACCAAGUUGGUGUCUGAAAGCAGCCGCUACAAUCGUGCGCAGAGUGCUGAUCAUAAUAUUAUGAUAAUUGGUGUACCUAAUGUAGGUAAGAGCUCAAUUAUUAAUGUGCUGCGAAAUGUGCACCUCAAGAAGCGAAGUGCCGCCCGAGUUGGUGCCGAAGCAGGAAUUACACGAGCUGUGGGAGAACGCAUUAAAAUACAGCAGAAUCCACCUGUUUAUAUGAUCGACACACCAGGAAUUCUACAGCCCUCCAUAAAAGAUGAUGAAAUGGGAAUGAAACUUGCCCUAGUUGGCUGCCUGCCCGAUCACAUAGUUGGUGAGGAACUUAUUGCCGAUUACCUUUUGUACUGGCUAAACAAACACAAACGGUAUGAGUACGUGGAGAAGCUUGAAUUGAGCAGCGGCCCAAACGAUAGCAUCAGCUCUGUGCUUGCAGAGUAUGCGCAUAAACAAGAAAUGUUUCAUCGUGUCAAGCAGUACAAUGGUCAAGUAGAAGUGAUGACAAAUUUAUUGGCAGCAGCACGAAAGUUCAUUAGUUUCUUCCGCACUGGUCAACUGGGUGACAUUAACUUGGACGAGUACAAUGGACACUUAAAUAUAAAUUAGAUUUUAAUUACAUAAAUGCUAGUGAUUAAAAAUUUAUUGUUUACAA